UUCUUUAUGCAUAAGUGAGCAAAUCUGCCGUAGAUAUUGUUCAGUUUGUUUUAUAUUGUCUAAUAACUGCAAUUUUAAUCAAUUAUGAUUUGUAACGUAUUCUAAAUGUCACACGGGUGCAGACUUCUGCCUAAAAAUCAUUGUGACCUUAGUUUUGGUGCAACAUUAGUAUACAGUAGGGUACUUGGGAAUUGUGAUUUGUAGCUAUGACAGGUUUUCCUUUUAGGACUAAUAAGUACAGACAGGGCCCCUUAUGGAACCCUUAUAGGGUAACUGAAAUCCACCAAUUAAUCACAAAUCCUCUGUUUUAGCUUCCACUGUAAUUGUAUCUCUUCUUCACCAAGCCUAUUUUGCCAGUUUUUUUCUCUUCCCUCAGAGGACCAGUGAUAAUGCAAUCAGAUGAGCAAGCAGGGAAGUAAAAAGGAAGAAAAUCAAGGAGUUUAGGUGUUCUCUGAGAAAGCUACAUAAACUUAAACUCUGGUGCUUCUGGAGUUUAUUUGAGUUUGAGGGAGGUAGAGGUAGAGAAGGUCACCAAGUACAGUAGCUUGUCUUGUGUGAGCAUGCAACCACAGCUUCCAACACUAAAGAGAGAAAUAAAAAGUUGGUGCUGGCUAUGUUCUGCAGGUAGUUCUACAUCAGUCCUCCUACAGUAGCCCAUGUUUACACCAAUAGGUUAUUUUCUACACUCCUUUCAUUCUAAGAGGAUUGUAUCCUCCAUUGCUUUCUGUCCAGGAAUCCUCCAAUUCCCACUGAAUGGCAUGUUUGUGAGAUUUCUAGUUGGAUCAGGAAUUGACCUUGACCUGUACUGGUCUGAGGAAGUAUUGACUUGCUUGGUGACUUGUAUCUUGUUGUCACAUAGCUGGAGUAUUGUGAAUCCAUUGCUAAUCUGUGUUAUAUCACAGGACAAGAGGGAUACUGAGAUUUCUUGGACUAACUCAGACAUUUUCUAAACUCUGACUUGAAACAAAUACAAACUCCUAAACUCACUAAAGCGAGACUGUCUCCUAAGGCUUUGGUUCUCAAAAUUAUAUGAGCAUCAGAAUCUCUUGGAGAGUUUGUUAAAGUCCGUUUGUUGUGUCCUUACUAGCAGAAUUUUUGAUUCAGUAAAUGAGCAGGAGGGGCAAAUAUUUUACAUUCUACCAAAUUCCCAGGCGAUGCUAAUGCUGCUGGUCCAGGGACCACUUUUGAGAGCCAUUGUCCUCAGGGGCUUCUCAACAUGGAAAGAUGUGAAAUCAGGCCAUGGUCCUUCUGAGAUUUCUCAUUGUCUUCACUCUUUUGACCCAGCUUGUCUCUGACCUACUUCCUGUUGAGUUUGGGGGUCAUAAAUAUGUGGUCAUAUCCUGUCUUUCAGAUCUAUAGUGCCUCAGACAACCAAGAUUGUUUCUGGACUGUGGUAGCCAUCUAGUCUCAAUUUUUGAAUGUAGUGUAAAAGCCAGAGAUUUAGGGCAGAAUUUAUGUCUCCUAUUGCCGUAGAAACAUUAUUUAAUCUUGAAAAAAACAGUCUUAGUUGGGGAGGAUUCUCACUUUUAUCUGUGAGGAAUUGAAACUCGGAGUUUAAAUUACUUGCUCAGGAAGUAAAUAGCAGAGUUGAUAUUUGAACCCAGAACUCUGGCUUCAGUGAUGAUUUUCCUUCACCUAAGCUUCUCUUUCUCUUGAGCUCCUUUUGAACUGAAGAUUUUCUUCACCCUUUCUUCUCAUCAUGAGUCUCUAAUUAGAGAGUGAAUUAUGACUUCCAUAUAGAUAUAUGUGUCUAUAUAUGUCUAUAUGGAGGCCCUUUUUCCAGCAGUUUUAUUUAGUCAGUGAAGUCCUAAGAUGUGUGUGUAUUCAUAUAUAUUAAUAUAUAUGCACCCAUACAUUGCUUCAUUUUUAACAUUUUGCAUGCAAUUUAUCAUACUAUAUAAUAUGCAUUUUUGUGAGCUGCCCUGAAGCAGUUAGAAACAGGGUGAAGAAUACAUGCAGACCCCCAAGUGUAGUCAACAGAUGUGUGCACACACAUUUUUUACCCACCCAUAAGCUGGCUUGUUCUUCAUACCUUACAGUCUAAGAAAAUGUCUUUUUUGUAGCUAAGGUCGUAUUCUAGGUUCCAGCUAUGCCCCUGACUGUCAUCAGUAAAUGGGGUUGAAACUGACCUUGCUUACCCUGCUUCCACCCAGUAAUUCUCUAUAAAGGAGAUCAGGGCAUCAUUUAGUUCUGUGGGGAGAGAGGUGGCAGGUCUGUAUUGACACAUUCAUCUGUUGGAAAACAAGAACAAGCCCUGAGGGCUUUUAAAGUAUGUUCUGAAGUGAGAGUUUAUAUGCUUUAUCCACCUUAAGAGCAAUACAGUUUUUUUUUUCUUUCAAAGAAAACAGUUCUUUUUCCAUUGGGAGGAAACAAAAAACAAAGAAAUUCUGGCAUCUCUUACUGAAGGCUGUAAUGAGGCAAGGAGCUGGAUUGCAGGAGGAAUGGUAAUAUUGCGGGAGGAAUGGUAAUAAGAAGGAAAAAAUGGUGGUCAUAGAUACCUCUCCAGGAACAAAAUGACCCUGGGAAGAUAUAAAAUUGCUUGGUUUUGUUUUUAAAUUAUCAAAUAAUAUGACAAAAUGUAUCUGUGAACCUUACCACAUUCCCCAGUCUUCUUCCAAGUUAGAUGGCUUUUUUUACUUUUCCCUUCACUCAUGUUUUAUGAGUACAAUCUUUACUAUGAGCAAAACAUAAUAAAGAUGUUUGUUAAAAACCUGUGACAGCUGGUUAGCUUCCAGGGGGGUCUCAGUUAUGCCAACUUCUAUUAUUAUGAAGAAAUCUUCUGAUAUUUAAUAACAUGUAUAAAGAAUACUAAAAGAAAUUCUGUGUCAUCUACAGCUGAGAAUAAGAACCAUCACAUGAAUGAAGCAUUCUUUUAUCUUCCCUCAACCCCAUUCACACACAGUUAUUAAUCAGACAAUAUUAAUAUACUUAGGGGCCUACAAAAAGCAGAGCUGUCCAGCACCUAAUGAUAUGGCAUUUCACAUGAGGAAAAUGCCAUCAUUAUUUGUCCCAUUUUAUGGGAGGAAACUGAGGUUCAAAGAGGGGACUACUUUCAUAAAGCCAGUCAGCUAGUAAGUUGAGGAGCUGGGAUGCAAAGCCAGGCUAUUUCCAAGCGUACACUCCUAGUCAAAUGUGUUUCUCAAGAGAGUAAAUUAAUUUGGCUAGUGUUGCUUUAAGACAGAAGUCAGAGAAUUUAAGUUGAGAAAGGCACAGUCAGCUCUGCUGUAAAGUGACAUGGUGUUUGGGAGAAUCACCAUACUAUGCAAAAUUGUGCAACAAAACCUACAGGAUUUAUGAGGAAAAUGGGCUUAGUGGCACAAUAUUUAAAAACUUUGUCAGUAAAACAUUAAAAAGAUAGAAACCUAAUAAAAAUGGUAACACUGUUAAUAUAAUUAAACACACUACAAGAAGUAUGGCACUUUUCCUUGAAAAAAAUCCUAAGUUUGCUUGUGGAAGCAGACAUUGGAAAGGUUGCUGCUUAUGGGUUAUUGUGAAGUGGUGGAAGGAAGGUUUUCCUGAAAUUGGAAGGAAAGUUGUAAUAGCAGUGUGGAUGGAUGGGUGGCUCAUAACACUCAGUGACUUAGGUAGCCGAUAGGUGUUAGAGGCAUGUGCACCUGCUUUGGUUCAGCUGGGUGUAGUUUUCUGCAGUCACCUGGUGUUUCUCAUGGAUGAAAUCAUGCAUAAACCCAACAUUUGCAUUAUACUUAAAGUGUUCCUUAAUAUAGCAAUAGUGUUGAAACAAAUUCAUGUUUUCAAAAUAAGCAUUAUAGAAGAAUUGGCUUUAUAAGUCAAUCCUCAGAGGAUGAGCAAAACCCUACCCCCACCUUCUCAUUUUUUAAAUACUGAUGGUUGUCUGUGAGUGAUGAGCCAUAUGAGUAUGACUCUUUUAUGCAUGUUUAUAUCAUUUCUCUUACAAAACGUUAAAUAAUAUUAAGAAACAUAAAGUAACAUGUAAAGUUCUCCUUCCAGCCCCACAAGACAAAUAAUAAUUUUAGGCCAAAUCAAAAAUAUCCCAUGUAUCAAAAUGGCCUUGUCAAGAUCACAUGUCCUCACCCCACCGCACCCCUGCCCUUGAGUUGAGUCAGAUGGAGGCUGAGUCACCAAUGACUGGAUAUUAUUGAUUUUCUCACUGAUUAUUUUCCUUGACUGAGGCGGCAACAGUUGGCUCUGUAUUGUUUGAUGAAGUGCAUAUAUAUAAUCAUUUGUUCUGGGUCCCAAGGCAGUUCCCAGGGUCUUGUUUGUUGAUUUCAUGAUGUGGCUGCAUGUACUGGACAUUUCUCAGCAGAUCCUGCAUACAGCAUAAUUGGAAUUCUGGGAAUUCCUGGAUGUUCUACUCUUUUUAGAUCCACUUUGGGGGAAAAAAAGGGAAGCUACUGCUUGCACAUGAAGAAAGAAGUAGCUCUAUGUCAUUGAGCCUACAUUUGCAGGAAAGCCAUGUCUAGAAGAAGCAUAAUCAAAAUGAUGUCCUUGGAGGGGGCACCUGGCUGUUUUCAGCAAGUGAAAUCCUUGUCUUCCAAUUAGAUGGGCAGCUGGAUAAUCAUGUGUACAUUCAGGUUGCAAAGAGAUGAGCCUCUACUAGAUGAGCCACUACUUACAGAACUGCUAGGAUGAUGUAAUAAAUUACACCACUAGUGUAAGAAAACUGAGUCACACAAGGAUAUAUUUGCGUAACACAAUUUCAAAAAGGCAAACUACAGUUCUUGUUAAUGGUAAGGCCUUUUUGGCAUCCCAUAUUUGAGAACUGUAUUGAUAUGUUAUCUCACUUGAUCUGAUACGUCCCUCCCCAUUUGUUCACAUCAAAGAAGUGAGACAGAUGAAGGUGAGUUUGCUUUCAGCAGCUCUGCAGGUUAAGGACUGUACAGCGCUUGAACCCAGGGCGUCUGAAUCCUGGUCUUGGACUCUUCCCUCAGAAACAUACUGCCUUCCUUUUGCUGGUCUGGCCAGUAGAUCUAUACUAAAGAUACAGGCCUCUCAAACUGAAUGGGAAAUUUGGAAUCAUAGGGACCUGAAGCAGUUAAUGGAGGAGUGUUGUAGUAAAACAUGUUUCAUAGUCAGUCUAUUUAGUCUAGGAGCUAGAGUAUUCCAAAUAAACAGCAACUCCUAAUUAAUUUUUUACUCCUGUGUUGAGUUGAUAUCUAGAAUAUACUCUUGACAGCUCUAGAGCAAAAAGCCAGGUCUCCAACAAAAGAAUGAGUACUAAUUGGGAAAUAAAUCAGCUUGCUAUAGCUAAAAGGAAAAAACUCCCACAAAUUCAUCUGUCAUUUUUAUUUGUUCUUUCAUCGUUUGUAGUACAUUUUCAGGGUCUCAAAGAAAGUCAUCUGUCUAUGCAGGUGCUCAUGGAAGCAUCUUGUUUUACAUAUGAUGAAAAUGGAGAGAGCACUUCUUUUGACAGGAAACUUCACUUCUUGUUACUGAAAACCAUCACAACAGUCAUUAUGUCUGGCUUUCAGAGAUUUCCUGGAGUUAGGAGAACAAUAGACAGUUAAAAUGGCAAUGUCAAGAGCAUUCUGGGGUUUUAUAAUGAGUACCAAGGGAAAUUUUUUUCUCUUGAGUUUGUAAGAAAAAAGUAGGAGGAAUAUUUGGAAACCUGAAGAUAUGUGGAAAUGAAGGUGAAUGCUCUAUUUUUUUUAAUGGAGUGUUCUUCCUAACCUUUGGAAGCUGAAAAAAUAUAUAUUUUAUAUAUUACUGAGUUGCUAGUGAAAAAGAGAAGUUUCUCUUCGGUUGUCCCUCUCUGUAGGUUAAAUCAUCCCCUGAAAAGACACAUUUGCAGCUUUCUGUAUUUUUCUUUGAUUAAACAUCAUUUAGAGUUCUUCAGUCAGUUUUCUUCUCUUCUUCUUACAUAUGUACACUGCUUCUAGGGCUUAUGAUUUCUAAUUUAGCAGCAGGAGUUACUUCUCUUUUCCCUCUACCUCCAAAAAAAGAUGACUCAAGCAUUAGGAAUAUGUUUUUUGGCUUAUUGUAUAAUUCAAAUAUGUAUUUGUAGUUAUUCUAUUUUUAAUCUUAAUUUACAUAGCCCUAAUAUGAUUUCUAAUUUCUAAUAAAGUUUUUGAGGUACUAAUGUCUAACGCACUAAAAGUACAAACUUCAUAAACAAUUUAUGUGACCUGCUGUUUUCAUUUCUGAAGUUUCUUGCUUGCUGCUAGAGCUGUGGGUGAUUUUAAAGAUCCCUGAAUUAGUUACACAUGGAUCCCUGAAUGGUAAAAAUAACCUGCUAUCUUUAUUUUUUUUUUUUUGGAAUAUCUAGUAAUACAAAGGCAAUUAUCAAUUAUUAACAUGUUUUAAAUAUAUGAGUAGAACAUUCAUUGUUUUAAAAAUUAGUAAACAUUUUAAGAUGCUAUAAGGUAGAAAGAAAAGUCUUCCUUCCUUUUGUCUCAAUCCUAAAUAUCAUUCCUUAAAGGUAACCACUGUUAAGUCUCUGCAAAUUCUACCAGAAAUGACCUAAUGUUCUAUUUGUAUACAAGCAUACAUACACAUAUACGUAAUACCUAUACACAUAUAACACACAUCUAUGAUUAUAUGUGUAUAUAUGAAUACAUAUAUGUCAUUCCAUAUAUUAGCAAUAUAGCUUGGACAUCUGUUCACAUCAGUACAUAUAUAUCCAUCUCAUUUUUAAUGACUAUAUUGUAUUCCAUUGCAAUGGUUAAUUUAGCUUACCUUCUGUUUUUUGACAUUUAGGUUUUUCCAGUUUUAUCUUAUUGCAGACAAUGCUGCAAUAAAUAUUCUUGAAUAUAUCUUUUUGCAUUUUUAUAAAUAUAUUUGUAGGAUACAGUCAAAGCAAGGGAAUUAUUCAUUAAAAAAAAAAAGUGUGGCCAUUUUUAGCAUCACUAAAUAUUGCCAAUUGUCCUCCAAAAUGACUGCCCUAAUUUAUACUUUCAUCAACAGUGUAUAAGAAUGUCGUGUUUCUCCACACCCUUGUCAACACUGAAUGUGACAAAAAUUUUAGUUUAUAAAUAUAAUCAGUAAAAAUAGUAUCUUAUUUUAAUUGUCUAUUGCUGCUAUAUUUAAGGUUCACUUGAGCAAAUGCCUACCGAGCACUUACUCUGUGUCAUUGAAAUGGCAAAUGGCAAUCAAAUAUUGUACUUGUCCUUAAGGAGCCAUGGAAGUGAAUAGGAAGCCUCUUUUUAGAAGAAGUUGAAAUGUUGCAAAGAUAGAAAAGUGGGUCUUUGGCACCCUACGAACAGGAAAUAGUUGUCUAAUAAAGAUAGUGUCCACCCAUGUCAACUUUCAGUUCUAUUGCUGGCCUAAAUUGGCAACUCUCUGCUUCUGCAACAGUGACCUUGCUUUCAUUAUGGAAGAUAGUUGGCUGCAGGUAGGAGUAGAAAUGCCUAUCUAGUAGCUUUUGUUUUUCUCCAGGACCUGACUUGAUUAUCUCACUGGUUGCUUUUAAGAGAAAGCACCCACUGUUGGCUUCUGUUCUGAAAGGGCACCAGGCAAGCAUGGAAACCUAUCAGCAGAGCAAGCCAAAAGCGCAAUAAACUGUUUAUUCAUUGUUCAAGAUUCUUCACCUGUGUGGAUUAUUAGAAGUAUUUCAUCUUAGAGUACCCAGGUUAGAUUAUAGACACUUCAAGUAUUUCUGUAGAAUUCACUGAGGGGGAAAAAAAUAGGGAAAACAGCAUCAGUCGUUUGGGACCAUGUUGGUUCCUGAUGCUAAAAUAAUCUAUAUGAAUAAACUACAUUCUGUAAAUUGAAAUAUCUGGUUUCCAGCCUGUUAAAUAAAAACAGGAGGAUCUGAAGUACAUGGCAAAAUGGGAUAAGCUUGGUUUUCUGAGUGGAGGCAGCUAUUGAUAAUUUUACUUUCUUAUAGCUGAAGGUGAAGGAGAUUUGAGGUUCUCUGAGAAUUACAAUUCCCCUGGAGUUAGCCCAAGGUGGGACCCUCAGAGCUGUCUACUCUCGUGCCAUUGCCUCAAGCCUGUGGACAUUUUUUCACCUUGGGGUAAGAAGCAGCUCCAGUUUGCCCAAUUGCUGUGUGUGUUCCAGGCGAGUGACCAAUGAGGCUGACUUGGCAGCUGCCCUUCCCACAGCCAGCCAGCCAGUCCCAAGUGUGUUUUAAAAGAUAAGCGACAAAAAGCCAACCCUUUUAGAGAGGCUGGAACAGGCUAGUAGUUGCUAGGCAAGUUAAAGUAAUUCAGUGUCCUUGCCAAACGUCUGCCAUGCAAAUAGGGAACUUUCAGGGAAGGAGAGUGAGAUGGUGGUGUGUGUUGGUUGCCAUAGGAAUGUUUCCCUGAUUGGAACAAGACCACAGAGUGAGGAGAGCAAGACGGCAACAUCUACGGUGAUUUCUGCUUGGGAAUGGGAACCCAGAGUGGGCAGUGGAGCGGAGGUAAGCCAUGCAGAGGCAGGAGCAGAUGAGACCCUAGAUGCCAUGUGAAGCUAAAAACGUGGGGAACAGAAAGAGCAGAUCAACUCAUGAAAAUUAUAUGGGGAGCUCUUAUGCUACUCUGAAGAUCUGAGACUUGGAGAAUUUACAAUCCCGAAUUAACUCAGGGAAAAUUCCAACUAGACUCUGAAAUGAAUUAGAUGGAGAUUUAAAAUAGGGCAAUUUAGUAGGAAAAGAUACUUAAUUUGAAGAUUUCUAGAGUGGCUGGGCUGAGAAACUUUACUUCCUGUUCACCUAGACAGAAUCAUGAAUAAACUGGAGGAUAAGCAGGACCAGAUGAUACCAUGAAGAGAAGUUUACAGGCCCUCUAUUGCCAACUGUUAAGUUUCCUGCUGAUCUUGGCACUGACCGAAGCGCUGGCAUUUGCCAUCCAGGAACCAUCUCCCAGGGAAUCUCUUCAGGUCCUCCCUUCAGGCAGUCCCCCAGGAACCAUGAUGACAGCACCCCACAGCUCUACCAGACACGCUUCUGUGGUGACACUGACCCCCAAUCCCAAUGGACCCCCCUCACAGGCUUCAGCUCCCAUGGCAACACCGACACCCCAUACAGAGGGGCACCCUCCUACGCACACCAUCUCCACCAUCGCUGCGACAGUAACCACCCCCCAUUCUAAAAGCUCCCUACCCACAGGGCCCUCUCCAGUGGCCACAGCAACCACAUCCUCCCACCCAGAGGGCCGCCCCCCGGGGCAGGCUACUCCCACCAUCCUGCUGACAAAGCCACCGAGGGCCACCGGUCGCCCCACUGCAGCGCCCCCACGCGCUACCACACGCAGGCCCCCCAGGCCCCCAGGCUCCUCCCGAAAAGGGGCUGGCAAUUCAUCACGCCCUGUCCCACCUGCACCUGGUGGCCACUCCAGGAGUAAGGAAGGACAGCGGGGACGAAACCCAAGCUCCACACCUCUAGGGCAGAAGCGGCCCCUGGGGAAAAUCUUCCAGAUCUACAAGGGCAACUUCACUGGGUCUGUGGAGCUGGACCCUUCUGCCCUCACCCCCAGGACCCGGCUCUGGGGCUACUCCUCUUCACCACAGCCCCAGACAAUGGCUGUCACUACAGCGCCCAGCAAUACCUCGUGGGCACCUCCCACCACCUCCCUGGGGCCUGCAGAGGACAAGCCAGGCCUUCGCAGAGUGGCCCAGGGAGGUGGUUCGACCUUCACCAGCCAAGGAGGGACGCCAGAUGCCACAGCAGCCUCAGGUGCCCCUGCCAGUCCACAACCUGCCCCAGUGCCUUCUCAGCGCCCCCACCGCGGUGACCCACAGGACGGCCCCAGCCAUAGUGACUCUUGGCUUACUGUCACCCCUGGCACCAACAGACCUCCAUCUGCCAGCUCUGGGGUCUUCACGGCCGCCACGGGGCCCACCCCAACUGCCUUCGAUGCCAGUGUCUCAGCCCCUUCCCAGGGGAUUCCUCAGGGAGCAUCCACAACCACGCAGGCUCCAACCCAUCUCCCCAGGGUCUCAGAAAGCACUAUUUCUGGAGCCAAGGAAGAGACUGCAGCCACCUACACCAUGACCGACAGGGUGCCCAGUCCUUUCUCCACAGUGGUAUCCACAGCCACAGGCAACUUCCUCAACCGCCUGGUUCCUGCCGGGACCUGGAAGCCUGGGACAGCAGGGAACAUAUCCCACGUGGCCGAAGGGGACAAACCCCAGCACAGAGCCACCAUCUGCCUGAGCAAGAUGGAUAUCGCCUGGGUGAUCCUGGCCAUCAGCGUGCCCAUCUCCUCCUGCUCUGUCCUGCUGACAGUGUGCUGCAUGAAGAGGAAGAAGAAGACUGCCAACCCAGAGAACAACCUGAGCUACUGGAACAAUGCCAUCACCAUGGACUACUUCAACAGGCAUGCUGUGGAGCUGCCCAGGGAGAUCCAGUCCCUGGAAACCUCUGAGGACCAGCUUUCAGAGCCCCGUUCCCCAGCCAAUGGCGACUACAGAGACACUGGGAUGGUCCUUGUUAACCCCUUCUGUCAAGAAACACUGUUUGUGGGAAACGAUCAAGUAUCUGAGAUCUAACUGCAGCAGGCUUCGCUUUGCUAUUCCCUAUUUUUCGUCUCUAAAUUAUAAAUAUACAAAUAUAUAUAUUAUAAAUAUAACCUUUGUGUAACCCUGACUUAAUGAGAAACAUUUUCAGCUUUCUUUUCCUAUGAAUUGUCAACAUCUUUUUUACAAGUGUGGUUUAAAAAAAAAUUUACAGAAUGAUCUGUGGCUUUAUAAAAUAAAGGUAUUUCUAAGCAAAGCAGUUGCAUUGAUUGCUUCUCUUAAUAACUAUUUUUGAGCACCUGGGGAUCCCAGGAACCCUAGUCAGGUGAGGUAAGAGACUGACCUCCUGUAGAAGCUCAGUGUUACAGUGGUCAAGUGCACAGUUCUUUGAGUGAUUCUUAAAGCUCUGGUUCCUCUUGAUUUGGCGUGGCCCAUUUCCUCCCUCUCAUACGCACACCUGUAAAGGGAACUGGGCCACCUGGGGGAAGAUGGCAGACUCAUGCACAGGGCAGGAAAAGGGAACACCUCAUCACCCCCAAGGAUGGGGGCCCUGGAGCCUCACGACACCACCAUUGGAUGUCAUGUUUAAAAGUUGUAGACAGCAGACAGAAGCAUGGAGUCCUUGGGAAUCCAUGGAGGACAUCAAGGCAUCCCAAGGCCACAUCCCCCUAACAUUGCUUCCACUGCUAACAACAAGACUGCCUUUCCCUGGUGGGAAAAUGCUCCCUUCAUGCCCGUUCCUGCAUCCCCUCCAACGCUCAAUCUGCAUUAAACACCCGUGCCUUUCUCUUGGAGAGGGUUUAGAUGCAGAUCCCAGCCUUGGAGCUUUAAAAUGCUUGCCCUUCUUCAAGGAUCAAAUGUUUAUUGGGGUUUAGCUUUGUUUUCUCAAAAGGCCACGGUAUUGUGCCCCUAAGGAACACGUUUAUCUAAGAAGCUUUGAGGUAGCAGAGCUAUGAUUUUUGAAACCUUCCUCCUGCAAUCUUUAAAAAAAAAAAAAAAAAAGAUUGCCAAGCAAGUCAUUUCCGAGAAGACAUCAUUACACUCCUACUUGCCCCUGCAAACCUGCUCGAAGCACCAGCCGGUGGACUUGCCACGCAGCUCGCAGCUUCCACUGCUCGCCUCGUUCCCCACUGGCUGGCUGCCUCACCGUGCCGUGUCCAGCGUGGCCAACAGGGUCAGACCCUCAGAGAUGCCCAAGAGGCUGCCAGAGGUGGCUGCUUCUCUAUUUUUUCCUGAUCGUGGCUGAGAGAGAUGAUUACUGCUUUGACACUUUCUUUCUCUAAAAUAAAGCUAGUUUGAUAGUAUAUUUUGAAUAUAGAUGCUCUUAUAGUUGGAUUGGGAAUUGAACUCGAAUGUUGAUUCAUAUGUUUGUGUUGUUGCUGUGGUCUUUUUAUCAUGACUUUUUUCUUUCUGCGUUUUCCUUAAAAAAAAAGAUGGCCUUCAAAAGUGUGUUCUUAGUGUUGUAUAAACCUACUUCAUAUGAGUUCAGUUGUUGUCUCUCUUCAAAGACUCUUCAACCCACAAAGAAGCAGGUUAAAUGUUUCUCUAAGUUUAAUUUUCUAGCGUGUUGUUGUCUGACCUUUUUAACCUUACCAUAAUAUUUCUGUUAACUGUUACAUUUAAUAUACCAAUGUGUGUGAGUAUACAUAGAGAAAAAUCUGUAAAGUAAAAUUUAUAUAUAAUAUAUGUAAUCCAAGAUACAUAUGUUAUAUAUACACGUACGUGGAUGUAUGACUUAUUUUUCCGUAUCCACAGAUUUCGGCUACCAUGGAUAUAUAAAUAAACUUAUUUUGUUAGCCAGAGGA